GGGUCCGGCCUGCGGGCGCGGGUCGUGCUCUAGGGCUCCGGGCCCCGGGCCGCUUCCAGGCCUGACCGGGGCUCGAACGGACUGAAACUCUGCUCGAGCGUAGCUUCGGAGGCAGUUCUGGAAGCGCGGUCGAAUCGUUUUAGGAAAUUCGGACUCCUCUGUGGUUUAGCGGCUCGCCCCCUGGGCUGCGCGUGCCCGUCGUAACCUUGGGUUUCGUGUUACUGGUUGACGAGCGAGCUUCGGGCGCUCCCGGCACCCCCCCCCCCCCCCCCCCCGGUCACGAUCACGGGGACGAGAGGGGUCGCCCCGCCGGGCGGGCCGGCCGCCGGGCGUUAGCGGGCAGUGCGAAGUCGGGGCUGCGGGCCUGGAGAGCCGCUUGACCAAGAUCUCGUCUGUGCCCUCCGAGGGUUCGGAGCCUCCAGCCGGGGUUAGUCGUGAGGAUACGGGCGGAUGUGCCCCAAGACGGAUGGAUGUGCCCCCAGGACGGGCGGAUGUGGCCCCAGGACCAGGUCGAAUGUGCCCCCAGGACCUGGUCAGGUGUGCCCCAAGACCUGGUCAGAUGUGCCCCCAGGACGGGCGGAUGUGCCCCCAGGACCUGGUUGGAUGUGCCCCCAGGACCAGGUCGAAUGUGCCCCCAGGACCUGGUCAGGUGUGCCCCAAGACCUGGUCAGAUGUGCCCCCAAGAUGGACCAGGUCGGAUGUGCCCCCAGGACCUGGUCAGAUGUGCCCCGAGACCUGGUCGGAUGUGCCCCCAAGAUGGGCGGAUGUGGCCCCAAGACCUGGUCGGAUGUGCCCCAAAAUCUGGUCAGAUGUACCCCAAGAUGGGCGGCUGUCCCCCAAGACCUGGUCGGAUGUGCCCCCAAGACGGGCGAUGUGGCCCCAAGACCAGGUCGGAUGUGCCCCCAGGACCUGGUCAGAUGUGCCCCCAAGACGGACGGAUGUGGCCCCAAGACCAGGUCGGAUGUGCCCCCAGGACCUGGUCAGAUGUGCCCCAAGAUGGGUGAUGUGGCCCCAAGACCUGGCCGGAUGUGCCCCCAGGACGGGCGGAUGUGGCCCCAAGACCAGGUCGGAUGUGCCCCAGGACGGGCGUGCUGCCGGCAUACUGCAGCAGGUUUACGCCAGGGAAGACCUCGCGAGGCCCCUGAGUUUCCAGCAGCAGAAGCGUGGUUAGCCUUGUGUUCUGAACGCACGGAAGAAGAGAGGUGUUGGAGACGUGGUUCCAGGAGGAGAAGGUUUUUAAUUAGAGCCUUAAGUGACCCCAAGAAGGAUAUACCUUGUUAAAGAACGUUCUCUUGGCAAAUCUGCUGCUUUAGAAGCAGACCCUUUUAUGCAGCUGUGAGUCUCAGGGAUUUGGGUUAUAUGUUUAUUUUUUUUUAAUUUUUAUAUCAGAGCGUGUGGGGGAGUUGGGCGGAGGGAGAGAGCGACACAGUCCCAAGCAGGCUCAAUCCCUGAGGUCACAGCCUGGGCCAAAAUCAAGAGUCCGACACUCAACUGAACCCCCCCGCCCGGCCCCCCCGCCACAGCCCUAUGUUUUUAUGUUUUAAACAAGCAUAUGAGUGACUGCUUGGUGACAGGGACUGGGCAUACGACGGUGAGGAAAAUAACACUCAGGAAGCUCACAGGGUGACGGAGAGACAUGUAAUAAAGUAGUAACAACAGGGCGCCUGGGGGGCUCAGUCGGUUAAGCAUCCGACUUCAGCUUCGGUCACGAUCUCAUGGUUCGUGGGUUCGAGCCCCGCGUUGGGCUCUGUGCCGACAGCUUGGAGCCUGGAGCC